AUGGAGGUGAAGCUGGAGGUGAUGGAGGUGAAGCAGGAGGUGAUGGAGGUGAAGCAGGAGGUGAUGGAGGUGAAGCAGGAGGUGAUGGAGGUGAAGCAGGAGGUGAUGGAGGUGAAGCAGGAGGUGAUGGAGGUGAAGCAGGAGGUGAUGGAGGUGAAGCAGGAGGUGAUGGAGGUGAAGCAGGAGGUGAUGGAGGUGAAGCAGGAGGUGAAGCAGGAGGUGAUGGAGGUGAAGCAGGAGGUGAUGGAGGUGAAGCAGGAGGUGAUGGAGGUGAAGCAGGAGGUGAUGGAGGUGAAGCAGGAGAAACGAUGCAGUGUGAUUUUGUUGCUGUCAGAGAAAGUCUGA